GUUUCAGGGAGUGGACCCCAUGGAGGAAGAUGGAGUUCCUUGGCACCACUCAGACUGCUAGCUACUGCACUCCGAGGAAGAAUGGCCCAGGGCCUGACCAGCCCCUUGCUUCCAUCACCCAAGAGAGCUACCAGCCUUACUCUCUUCCGGGCUUCCGCUGCCCCAACUCCUGGAGACCCAAUUUGUAUUCCCGGGUUUCUGGGGCCCAGCCCCGUCAGGAUGAGGCCCCUACCACCCAGGGCCCCUCUAGCCCUCCGACCAUCCUGCCCUCCCUACGGACGUCCCUCUUUUCCCGCUACACCCCCCGAGACUGGGAGAGGUCCAACCUGACUCACUUUCAGAGGUCCGACAUCUCCUUCCAGUUGGCGGGAAAGAUGUCGGCCGACUCCCUCAGGCUGAUGCACGACAAGGAGCAGCUGACCCGUCAGAUGCAGGAGAGCUCUGGCCGGACCCUGGGGCAGCGGCUGUCGGACAUCAACUUCUGGAAGUGCGAGCUGAACUAUGAGCUGGAACGCCUGCUCACUGAGACUCGGGCCCUGGAAAUGGCCAAGAAGCGGCUGGAGAGUGGGGCUAAACAGGUGGAGAAGCCACUGCAGGUGGCCCUAGAAUGCCUAUACCAUCGCGAGAAGCGGAUCGGCAUUGACUUGGUGCACGAUGAUGUAGAGAAACACCUCAUCAAGGAGGCUGAUUUGCUAAAAUCUUGUCACGAUCAACUGACAAACGUGCUCGGAGAAAGAAUCGACUUGCAGUUGCGAGACAACCGAGAUGCCCAGCACGCGAUUGAGAAAGACCUGGCGGACAAGAGCUCUGCUGAGUUCAUCGACGAGAAGUGCUUUAACCUGAGGAACACGUCCGACAGCCUCAACUACUUCCUCGGGGUGGAAAAAUUAGAUGGCACGGUCUCAGUGCCGGAGACUUGGGCCAAGUUCAGCGAUGAUAACAUCAAGCACUCUCAGAACAUGAGGGCCAACUGCAUCAAGCUCCGGGAAGAGGCCGAGAAUUUACUGGAGACCACGUCCGAACAGAUGUGGAAGCAGUUCACCGCCACCAACAUGGCCCUGACCAUCCGCGUUUCCGAGGAGACAGAUAUCAUCAAUAAGCUGCAGAUAUACCUGGCUAAGACGCUGCAAGAAAUUGUCCAGACGGAGAAGACCAUCAAGAUGCUGGAGAGGGCCAUCCUGGCCAAGGAGUGUCCCAUGAAGCUGGCUCAGACACGCCUGGAGUGCAGGACCCACCGCCUCAACAUGGAGCUCUGCCGGGACAGCUCACAGUACAGGCUUGCGAAUGAGGUGCUGGUUAUUGAUGACACAUUACAGGCCCUGAAGGUGCGCCUACACGAAGUCCAGGCCCACCUGCAAGUGCUCAUCCUUAAUAAGUCCCAGCUGGAGCACGACCUGGCCGUCAAAGCCAACACACUCUUCAUCGACAAGGACAAGUGCAUGCCCAUGCGGAAGACCUUCCCCAGCACUCCCCGCCUCGUUGGCUACACCUGAGACCCUCCUCUCCACCGCCCCCACCCCCCAUGACACCUCACCCCAUCCCCCAGCCAACCUGCAUCAUGCCACCGUGCUAAAAUAUCAAGGUUCAAAAUCGGAAAGAGACAUUUCCAUUUGCUCCCUUUUCUCUCCUGAAAGGAAACGAACCAACCCAAUAAAUGGACAAAAAUCCAA